AUGGCUUUCCUCAAGUACACAAUCGUCGUCUGCCUGGCACUCGUUGCUGUCGGCCACUGCGCUCUGUUGCGCGCCGCUCCUGCGCCCCUUGCGCUCGCCGCCCCCGCACCGGUUGUGCCAAUCAACACAGAGAUUGACCCACAUCCCCAAUAUGCUUUCGCCUACAAUGUGCAGGAUGCGCUCACCGGCGACAGCAAGAGCCAACAGGAGGUGCGCGAUGGCGAUGUGGUGAAGGGUUCCUACUCCGUCUUGGAUGCUGAUGGCUCGCUACGCACCGUAUUCUACACUGCCGAUCCCAUCAAUGGUUUCAAUGCUGUCGUCCAACGUGGCCCAGUACCCAGACCAGUGGUGCCUGUGGCCCCAGCGCCGCUACCACCAGCACGUUUCAUUCAGGGUUAA